CACAACAUUGUUUCAAGCCACGCUGCGAGUGAAAGCACUCAUGCCAUCCCACUGAUAAUGACGAGGAUGGGGACGACCUUUACCCCGAUCACCACGGUAGGGUCAAUUGGCAUGAUCCCAAUCAUGUCGACCCCUACUCCUACGCCAACGAUGACAAUGUUCCCAGGCUCAAUAAUAACGCCUGUGGAGGCAUUCACUCCAUACCCGUCAAGCUUGGGUCAAUUUGUUGCUGACCCGGCAAAUGCUCAAACUCUGCAGGGCUAUCAACAGGUGAUGGCCAUGAUGCAACAGACAGGGGGCUUCAUGCCAUUUGCCUAUCCUGGCAUGAUGCCACCAGUCAUGAGUCCUAUGGCACCCCCGGUGUCGACCCCGUUGAUGUUCGUCCCUAGGAUGGUCCCUAUACACCCGGUGAAUUUGACAAGGACUAUGAACGAAGCAGCACCCUCAAAUUUCCAUGAAGUGGACGAGGCGGAGCAAGAGGCAGCCCGUAGAAAGAAGGGUAAGGAUAUAGCUAAGCCUAGCAAGACUCGAGAUUCAGCUUUCAAAUGCCUGGGGGACAAAGAGGAUGGACCCCGCAAGGAAUCUGAGACGAUUCACCUAGAUGAAGAGGAAGCAGAAAGCCAGCCCAGAGCGUCGGCGUAUACCAGGCUCUCAUACGAUGAGGAUGACCUGGACAAGAUAGGGAGCGUAGCACGAAAGCUACGCGCCUUGGAAGAAAAAGUAGAAGAGAAGUUAGGAGCAAAGAACCACACCCAGGCGAAGUCACCCUUUUCGGCCAGGGUGCAUGCGCACAAAUUGAGGCGGAAGAUCAAGUUGGACGUGGAGAAAUUCACAGGAAAGGAGGAUCCAAAUCUCCACCUUGACACCUUCCAUAAUGCAGCACAGAUGGCCGGGUGCACUGAUGCUGAAGAGUGCUUGCUCUUCUUUUCAUCCUUGAGAGGGAGACCAGACAAUUGCAUCAAGAGGAAGAAGUUUACCUACCUCAAUACGGUAGGGCAGAGAGAGGAGUCCUUGACUCAAUUCCUAACCCGCUGGAGGGAUGAGGUUGAUAAAGUAGAAGAGAUGGAUGAUAAGGCCAUGUCUUUACUGAUGAACGCCUUCCGGUCGGGUGACCUCUACACUAAAUUCUGUAGGAGGCCACCCUCCUCUUAUCAGGAAGCCUACAAUACGGCAUGGAAGUAUGGCGAGGCGGAGGUUUUAAACAAAAGAAAGCGCGAACUAGAGGAAGGCUAUACAAGGGUAAAAGCCGACAAAUCAAAGAAGGACGACCAGAUGGGAGGGUCCAAGCCGAGGGCCACAUAUGAUGGGUCUGCUCAUCAAAUAAGGGAUGAGAAGAAAGGAGAACAACCUAAGCGGCCUUGGAUAGAGAAGUACCACCAAUCUGAAUCUUACCAGAAUGUGAGGGUCGUGCUCAGAGAGAUGACCUUGAAAGGUGAAUUGGGUGAAAUAUUCGUUACGGGGCUUGAGGAAGACCCAUAGGCGAGUACUUGAAUCCACCAACAUGAAUAUGAUCAGGGAAAGAAGAGAGGGUGGAUAAGAUGUGGUCAAAAUUACUAAGCUUGCUGUAGACGGAUCAGUCUUGAUGUCUAGGACCUGGACCGUUGCAUGGGCUGAUAGCAAAAAAAUAAACCCUUGAGAUAGGGGCCUUGAUGUUGAGGUAUCGCCUAGAGACAGGCUAGAUCCGGAAGAGGAUUCGCAUCCAUACUUGCAUGGAU